AUGCAGGACUUCGUAUUGCGCCUGAACUCAGUUUUCAAGGAGCUUCUGCCUCAAGCUUCCUGGAAUGCAAUCUGCGUGGGCAGGAAUACUUUGUCAGAUUUCCACAGGGACUCAGGGAACCAAACAGGUUCGCUGAACCACACUUUCACGCUUGGCACCUUCACUGGCGGCCAGCUUUGGCUCGAAGAUGCGUCGGGCACUUCUCAGGCCACUGUCGCAGGCGACAAUCACAUCAGGGGUAAAAUCGUAGACACGUUUUGUUGCCCCACUAGUUUCCCGUGCAACUUGUGGCAUAAGACGAUGCCCUUCACAGGUGAGAGGUGGGUCGUCACACUCUACACUCUUUCAGGUGGGCAACCCGCCACGUUGCUCCCAUUGGGUUUUCCGUGUGAUCCUGCUGCCGCGGCGCAACAGCUCCCUCCGCCUCUUCAGCCUGUUUUGCCGUUGGAGUGUGCACCUUCCGGGUCUAGCCCUUCUGCCCCCGCUCCUUUGGGUUCUAGUCCCGCCUCACCCGCCGACCCUCCUUGCAAACGCUUGAAAUCGCAAGCUCAAGCCGAGCCGACUCCCAUACAUGAGAAACCGCUGUUUCUGGAAAUCUGUAGUGGGUCUGCUAUGCUGUCUUAUGUUGCCAAAGAGGCCGGAUACACAGCCGUGCCCAUCGACUGGCAUCACAACAAACAGCGGGCGUGUGUGCACACCUUACAGCUCGACUUGCGGCUGGCCAGCACUUGGUCUUUCUUGCGACGCAUUUGCUCCGAGUACGAUGUUGCUUGGGUGCACAUGGCUCCUCCAUGCGGCACCGCUAGCCGGGCUCGGGAGUGCGGUCCCGGCCCUAAGCCAUUGCGUUCGGUCCGUCAUGUGCGCGGCCUGCCCGGCCUCCCACCAGUGGAGCAGGCGAGAGUGGACAGUGCAAACACCAUUUAUGAUAGCAUGGCCGCCUUCUGUGACUGGCUGCUGCAUGCCAUGCCGCAUGUUCCCUUCUCCGUUGAAAACCCUCUUCACAGUUACCUGUGGCAGCUCCCGAGGUGGGCCGAGCUGCUCGCCAAGCACUCCUUCGUCACAUUCGACUCGUGCCGCCACGGGUCACAACGCAAGAAGGCCACCGCCCUCCUCACAAAUUCGGAGCUUCUGCACUGCCUUUCGGGACCAUGCCCGGGAUGCUCCUCGCACUUGCCGUGGGGUAAGCUGGGCAAUACUUUUGCGACAGCUGAGGAGACGGGCUAUCCCAAACUUCUUUGCGAAAGGAUUGUCUCAUGCGUGGAUAAGUCAGCUGCAUCACGAGGGAUUGCGCCUGAACGCCUAGUGGCCUCCAAGGUUUCUGCUGCGCGUGCCGCAGGUCAGGUGCAACCUCGUGGCCGCAAGUUUCCGCCAAUCAUUUCUGAAUUUGCUUACACUAUGUCAGUCGCCAGUGCUGCGGCUCCCACUCUCAACUCCAAGCAGUGCCUUUCGGCUUCUUGGCACGGCGUCCCUGCAGGCGCCAAGCUCCUCCGGGAGUCAGUUGAAAGGGGAGGUUCGCGACUCCCAGAGGGGAACAAGUUCUACACUUUUGGCGUCUAUCGAUCCAUGCAAGCUUUCUUGAACGAGGCAAAGUUGGUUGUGCACCCCUUCGAUUCUGCCAAAUCACUUCCAGAUGAACUGUUGCGAGUCUUGUUUGACACUCUUACGAAGAGCCCGGUUGACACCAUGAAGCACCGUCUUUUGAAGCUACAACAGUGGCGAGCCCUCGCCAGGCAGCUUGAUCCCGAAGAAGAGAAAAUCAGAUCGGCGAUGGACCCUUGUGUGCGGAAGGUCCUUAGUUGUAAGCGCAUCGCACUCAUGAAGAGGAUCGCCGCCGACUUGUCGUGGCCUGACACGGCCCUCUUCGAUGACCUGGCUGCCGGCUUUAAGCUAACGGGAUACUUGGGGCGUACGGGUGUAUUCGCUAGUGAUGUCAAACCUGCCACGAUGGACCUUGACGAUUUCUGGGCAAGUGCUCCCCUCCGGAGGGAAACCCUGCUUGAAAAAGUCAGAGCCCAGAAGGACCAUGACUAUGCCGAAGAGCUUUGGGACAUGACGCUUGAGGAGUCUAACAGAUCGGGGAAGUGCUGGCUUGACGGCCCGAUCGACGUUGACUCUUUGGGGGACAAGUUCCCUGAAGGCUGGAACGCCUGCCGGCGUUUUGCAGUCUGGCAGGGCAAGUGGCGUGCGAUCGAUGACUUCUCGGAAGCCGCUGUGAACUCUUGUUUCGGAUGCUUUGAACGUGUUACUCUCAAGGCCCUCGAUGAGAUUUGCUGGCUGUGCAUGCAAGUUUGCCGUGCGGCAAAAUCUUCAGGAUCCCUCGAUCUUGAGCUCAGCACCGGUGAGAGACUCAAGGGACCCCUCCAUACGGCUUGGAAGGACCCUGGCCGUGUCCGUCCUCACUGCAAAACUUACGAUCUUCAAGCUGCCUACAAGCAGCUCGCACUGCACCCUAGCGAGAGGCCGAAAUCCGUUAUCCUGCUCAGGGAGCCGGGCUCCCGCGCCGUCAAGGCCUUUGUGUGCAACACUCUUCCUUUCGGAGCUUCAGCCUCGGUCAUGCAGUUUAACAGGGUUGCAUUAUUCCUGCAGAGGGUUCUUUGGGAUUUGAGGGUGGCCGUAACUUGCUACUAUGACGAUUUCCCGACAAUGACCCCUUCGUUCUUGUCUGGCGGGACUGACAAUGCAGUUCAUGCCCUCAUGGACCUGUUUGGCUUCUCCUUGUCCGAGAAAGAAAAGCCGUUCUCGUGCACUGCAGAAACGCUGGGUGUCGUGCUGGAUACCUCCGAUCCUGACAUGGGCCGCAUCUUCGUAUCGAACAAGCCCGAACGAGCUGCCAUGCUUGAACAGUCCUUGGGCCGCAUCCUUGAAAAGGGCCAGGUAGACACGCGGGAGCUGCCAUCCCUUCUUGGAAAGCUUCGCUUCGCAGAUGCUCAGCUGCUUGGUCGCACAGGGCGAUUGGCCCUGGCCGACCUUAGGCUCUUCGGUGACAGAGGGGGUGUCUUGAACCUUACGGAUACUCAAUCGAAUGCCUUGGCUGUUCUGAGGGCAAGACUUCUUGCGAGCAGGCCGCGUGCCAUUGUGACCAGCCCUGCCUCGAACCCAGUCCUCAUCUUCACAGAUGGCGCAUGCGACCCUUGCGAGGGCGGCUUCAGUACUGGGGUCGAGCUUUACGCGGUCGUGCUUGCCAGGAUCCUGUGGUCGAGUUACAUUGAUGGCGAACGAUGCAUAUUUUUCGUCGACCAUUCCGGCGUCUUGAGUGCUUGCAUCAACUCGAACUCGAUCGAUGCAUCUUGGAGGAGUCUCCUUCUUCACUUGGAGGCCGCCGAUGAAGCACGCCCGUGCUUGCCGUGGUUUCAUCGUGUACCGAGCCAGAGCAACAUCGCGGAUCCGCCAUCCCGAGGCAGAUGGGAGGAGCUGGCAUUCCUUGGUCCCGUCACUCGUGACGUGCCGACUUGCUUUGUCACAGGAUUGUUUUCACCUUCGACCACAACGAACGUGGUCAAGAUCAUACCGUUGCUCUUCCUGAUAUGGAGAAUCACUAGACCUGGUGUUACCUACGUCAUAGCCUUUAUCGAUGUAAAGGAUGCGUACUUGGAAGUGCCACAGGAGGCGAAGAACACGUCUGAAGAGUAUCCCUUGGCAAUUUUGCUGCCUCACGAAUCCUUGCACUCACUGCUCAAAGUGAACACGCCAGAGGCCUUGCUUCAGCAGCAAGCCGAGAUCUUGCCUGACAGGCCUGACCUGGAGAACCACUUGCAUUUUUUGGAGGAUGAGUUGGGCUUGGAUUCUGAAUCCACUCUCCUCAUGGGGAUGUGGUGCGAUGGUGUGCCUUUCAACAGCGACCGAUCCAUGACUUUGGAGACGAUUUCUUUGAACAUCUUUGGCCAGCAGAAUCUUCGCCUGGCUGUUGCGGCCUUUCCAAAAGAAUUUGUAUCCAAAUCGCAAACUUUUGAGGAUGUAUUCGAAAUCAUCCAGUGGUCCUUUAAGCAGCUGGCGACGGGGUACCCUCUCAUUUCCAGCAUGGACUUCUUCAUGCGCCAGAGGCAGCAGAAUAAAUUGGCAUACUACGACAGAACUGGGGUCCAAGAUCGAUUGCCGAAGCUCCUUCCCACCAUGCUUCGUGAAGAGGAUCGAGGCAAGAUCAAAUCCCCCAAGUUGAGAGCCAAAGCAGGGGAAGCUCGAGCACUCGUCGGUGCUGCCAUGGAAUUGGCUACAAAGUAUUUGUCGCCAGCAAAGCCUGCUGAACAGGCGAUGUUGCAUGGCACAGAAGCUUUGCAGUCCAUAUAUGCCUGUCUCAGCACUGCAGCUUGGGACAAGGAAGUCUUCAGAGUUUCUUCUCAGAAGUUUCUUUUACUCUGGGGCAGCCUCGAGACUUACUUCGAAGUGGACAAGCUCUUCAGGGUUAAACCUAAAGCCCAUCAGCUGUUCGAAUUGGCCAGGGGCGAGGUGAACCCUAGCAAGACCUGGACCUACAGGGAUGAGAGCUAUGGGCAUACCCUAGCAUUGCUGGGCAGACGGCGUGGUGGCAAGUUUUCGAUGAAUGCUGUUUCUUGUCAAGUUCUCAGACGAUUCCUGGCAGCUAAUAAAGUUCCUCGAAUCGAGAUCGGCACGUGA